CCCGUCGCUGCUGUCGUCGCCGAACGUCGUCGUCGCUGCGCUUGACGCUGACAAGGCCGUCAACUCCCGCUUCCUUGUUAAUUGGCCUAUUCCCCCCAAGAUUCAAGGUCGUAAAGCAACCAAUAACAUAUCCCACCUCCUCCCAGCCAUACCAGCAUCCACUUUCCGCCUCUUCUUGCAGAAACGAGCGAACCGUUACCUCUCAGGCUUUCAUUCAAUAUCGGCUACUGUAUCCUUUCCUGAUAACAAAUUCCUGCAAUGUCUCCCAACCCAUCCCAGAAUUCUCCUUGGCCAGCUCAGACAGCUCCACCAUCGUCAUCAUAUUCGUCAUUGAAGCGAAGUAGACCUGACGUAGGAUCUUCUUGGUCUUCAUCACUGGGAAGGAGACAAGGAACUAUCAUCUCGAAUGAGAGUGCGCUCGCGAAUGCCGAGACAGAAUGUGAAAUAUACGCUGAUAAUAGUCAGGUGACUUGCUAUCCAAACGCAGGUAAUCUUGUGAUUCAGCACCAGUGGGCACCCGUUGUCUGGAACAGUAGACGGCCGCAAAUUUCGCAGUUCAAUAUUGUCCAGCUAUACUUGUUUGAUGCCGAUACGAACACCGCCAUUCUCAAUUUCACAGAAACAAAUCCGACUACCAGUGCCGGCGAAUUCAAUGCAGAAGUGAAUGAUACUUGGUUCGGAAGCAAGGGCACUUCAUGGACGCCAGGGCAGAAUUUCUCAUACCCAUUUUACUGGGUAGUGACCAAUCAGAAUGGUCUGGAUAAUGGCACUUACACCACAAAUCCAACGUUCCUGGCUAUUCAAACUACAUAUGCAGAUGCUGUUGUUUCGUCUAUGCAAUCAUCGUCAUCUGCUGCCGCCGCAUCGUCAUCUGCCGCCGCCGCAUCGUCAUCUGCGGCUGCUCUGUCAUCAGCAUCUUUAUCACAUGCAUCUGGGUCAUCGUCACUUCCAACGGGAAAUGUUCAGUCAAACAACUCAAGUCCACCUUUUCCUCAUUGGGCAAUAGCAGUCAUCGUGGUACUCGGAUUUCUCGCCAUCGUAGCUGGUGGUGUCUUGAUUUGGUUAAUCGUGCGCCGUCUACGAAGACGUGGACAGCUCUCGAAUCGAGGGUCCAUAGGUUCCUCGUCUCCGAUGAUGGCCAAUGCCCAGAACUCCAACUCUCCUCAACUACCGUUGUUGGGGGCUGGGAUAGCGGGUGCGGUGGCUGGCCGGACAUCAUCAGAACAGCAUCGGCCUGCAUCGAUCGUAUCUCCGGAUGGUGCAUCCGAUAUCUCACGGGCCCACUCUGCAGGCGAUACCGGUCCAUUUUCAGGAGCCGAUGCAGCCAUCAUGGCGGAUGCAUUUAGGAAAGCAUUGCGCAAACCUGAUUUUGCAGGUCCCACUGUUGAGGAGGCCGAGGACCACAGAGAUGAUGCGAUCAUGAGUCGUGAAUUAGCAGAAGAAGGACGAGACAUACGAAGUGUCAGUUCAUCACGGGGAGUUAAAGUGGAAACUCUGAGUGAGACUGGUGAUACAGUGCAAGAUCACUAGGAUUUUUUGUGCGCUUUACUUUACUUUAUUUCACUUUCGACCUCUCAACGUUGAUUGUAUAUUUUUUCGGAUACCUUUCGCAGCCCUCAUAUUGUUGUCCCACCUUCGUCGCCGUUUACUUCGCACCUUCUAACCCGCAUAACACCACUUCUGUAGUCUUCGCUUUUUCCAUUCCACCGCACCUUUUUCCUUCAUUGCAAGGCUGGCUUUUUA